AUGGGCGUUCUCAGGGCCGGGCUGUGCCCGGGCCUCACCCAGGACACAGUCCAGCUUCUGAGGAGCCGCGGGAUCAAGACAGUGGUGGACCUGGUUUCUGCAGACCUGGAGGAUGUAGCCCAGAAGUGUGGCUUGUCUUACAAGGCCCUGGUUGCCCUGAGAAGGGUGCUGCUGGCUCAGUUCUCAGCUUUCCCCUUCAAUGGCGCUGAUCUGUACGAGGAACUAAAGACCUCCACAGCCAUCCUGUCCACUGGCGUCGGAAGCCUAGACAAACUGCUUGAUGCUGGUCUCUACACUGGAGAAGUGACUGAAAUUGUAGGAGGCCCAGGUAGCGGCAAAACCCAGGUAUGUCUUUGUGUGGCUGCAAAUGUGGCCUAUGGCUUGCAGCAGAAUGUUGUAUACGUUGAUUCCAAUGGAGGACUGACAGCCUCCCGCCUCCUCCAGCUGCUUCAGGCUAGAACCCCAGAUGAGGAGGAGCAGGCAGGAGCUCUCCAGAGGAUCCAGGUGGUUCGUGCGUUUGACAUCUUCCAGAUGUUGGACGUGUUGCAGGACCUCCGAGGCGCUAUGUCCCAGCAGGUGAGCAGUGCCUCAGCGACUGUGAAGGUGGUGGUUGUGGACUCGGUCACUGCCGUGGUCUCCCCACUUCUGGGAGGUCAGCAGAGGGAAGGUUUGGCCUUGAUGAUGCAGCUGUCUCGAGAGCUGAAGACCCUGGCCCGGGACAUUGGCGUGGCGGUAAUGGUGACCAAUCACAUGACCCGAGACAGGGACAGUGGGAAGCUCAAACCUGCCCUUGGACGCUCCUGGAGCUUUGUACCCAGCACCCGGAUUCUCCUGGACAUUGAGGAAGGGGCAGGGAUGUCAGGCAGUUGGCGCAGGGCCUGUCUGACCAAAUCUCCCCGUCUGCCAACAGGUUUCCAGGAGAUGGUAGACAUUGGAACCUGGGGGACUCCAGAGCAGAGCCCCACGUCACAGGGAGAUCAGAUGUGA